UACAUCAGCAUUUGCACAUGGUUCACACGAUCAAAGAUGGGGAAUGUACUCGCGGCUUCACCGUCAAAACCCUCAUCUCCCAGCAAUGUUGCAUCGAUGCCGCCGCCGCCACCGCUUACGGCAGCUCCCCCUGUUGAACCAAAGCCGCAGCCGGAUGAAAAACCAUCCAAUAGCAACCCUGGAACGUAUGAAGAUCUACACAAGUCGUGUAAAGGUAGGGUAAAGAUCGUCAGGCUUCGUAAAAUUUCACCGGCUUCAUGGCGCAUUUGGAUUGUCUGAUUAUGUAAUUUAUCGUAAAUCUAGACUAGGCAAUCUUAAAGCUUACUUAUUCGUUUUUACAGCCGUUUGUCUCCCGCGAUUUCUGUAAAUUUUUCUGGGAGUUUGUGCAAGUUUGCUCUUAAUAUUCUUUACUACGUGGAAAUUAGUAGUCAGAAUGGAUUUACAAUCACAGCGAUCUUUACUGAAUUCUGUUUCACUAAAAUCGAUCAUACUUCGCAAAUGAGAUAUUUUGAAAAAAUUGCUGUUUUACUCGCUCUAAACAUUUAAUGUUGAAGGGCAUGAAGAAUUUUCAGGUACACAAAAGUACAUGGAUUAAAAAUUCCUACAUAGUUUCGACAAUGUCCUCACCCCACCCCCUUCCGUUCUUACCCCACCAGGAAGAGUAAGUAGAGUUCUUACUGAAACUGACCACACGAAUAUGUUUACAACACCACUUGAUUGGCCAGUUUCAGUGGUCUCUGAUUUACAUUACAUUCUGUGGUACCUAAAGAAAAAUAUUACUACGGAUAUCAAGCUAAAUGGUCAAAUAUACUGGAUCCUCUGCCUCACCCACUAUCAUCUGCCACAUGAAAGAUUAACCCUUUAACUCCCAUGAAUGACAAAGACAUAAUUUCUCCUAACCAUAUUAAUUCAAAAUCAAGCAGACAAGUGGUGAGGGUAGAGAAAAAUAUCACCUAAGGGAUUUUUAGAUGAUCCAAUACUAAAGUCUCCAAAACUAACAUUAUAAGAAUUGUAUGGCAGAUUGUGAGGAGAAUUUCUUAUGAGAUCUUGCAAAUGGAAAGGUUAGAUGUAAUUUUUCAUCAAAGAAGAAAUUAGAGGGAGACACUCCCUCUACAAAAUUCUUAGAAAGCUUGGUGACCAAACUUAACCCUCCACUACGAAAAUCUUCCUCUUGCAUAACCCUUUACUCUCGAAAUCUAGAUCGAAUUUCUCCUCCCUGUAUGCAGUACAUUUCUUAUAGUUUUAGUUCUUUAGUUUUAGUUUUCUUCAUUUUGUUAGGAGCUAUUUUAUUUUGGUCCCUCCAUUUCGUAGUUUGAAAUUACAGACUCAUUUGAGUAACUUUGUUUUGAAAAUACUGCUGUGCUAAUGUGGUGUUGGCUUUUGUGAUAUCUGAACUUUCAUUAUAAUUUUCAAUGUGAUCACAGUAUUCUGAGUUUCUCAGGUUCUGUUUUGUAACUCAACAAUGUCAAUGAUAAAUCCAUUGUAAUUUUCAAAGUAUUUACAGUAUUCUAAGUUUCCCAGUUCAUGUUUUUUAACUCAACAUUGUCAAUGAUAAAUCUUUUAUUGUACUAAUUUACGUACUUUCUAAUUUGAAUUUUUCAGACGUCUUCCCUCAGCCAUUUGAGGGCUGUAAACUAGCUAUCAAUAAAGGCCUAAGCAACCACUUUCAAGUCAGCCACACCCUUCAGCUCAGUAGUAUGGGGCCAGGAGCAUAUCAUUUUGGAGCCACCUAUGUAGGAAAUAAGCAGACAGGGCCUAAUGAGGUGAUGAUGAUGAUGAAGGGCUAAUAGAGAAACUUUCAAUUGAGUGUUGAAAAUAAUCUGGGACUGUUUUUUUUUACUUUACUUUGCUCUGUGGUUGGUCCAGAAAACUUGCAUCAUCCUCUCAACUUAUCAGAUGCAAAACUAAAAACAACUGCAACCUGAUCAUUUGUAUUUUCCCAUGCUUUAAUCCUUUAACUCCUAAGAGUGACUAGCAUCUAAUUUCUCCUUACAAUAUCACCACUGAAUCACACAUUAAUGUCAUGAGAAUGAAGGAAAUGAUCACCAACUAAAGAAGCUUUUGAUUGUUAGAAAAAUUCUCCUUGUCAGCAUCUUAGCCAAUGUACAGAGAACAGUAUGGAGAAUAUGAAUACUGAUGUUUGGGUGUAAAGUGUGAAACAGAUUUUUCAUUGGUUAAUGUUUAAGGUAACCAUUGUUUUGACUGUUUGGAGGGAUGACUUCAGUUUUGGCUUUUUUCAACACUCAGUUGAAAACUGCUCUUAAAAAUGAUAUUGCUGAUGUUGAUUUAUUUCUCUGACUUUUUUUUUUUUCAAUAAGUUUGGUCUGAAACCUCUGUAUUUCCUUUGUUGGGUAACAUUGAUAUGGGGUAUGUGCUUUCUUGGGAGUUAAGGUAGCUUUGUAUCGAGCAUGCUGAUCUUGAUGGGGGAAGGUCUGGAUUAAAUCCCUGGCCAUAAGGUGGUUUUCCCAGGAGAGUCACUUUACUGUAAUAGUGUCUCUCUCCAACCAGGUGUAUAAAAUGGUAUUGGUUAACUUUCAGGGAAGCCCUAUGAAAUGCUGAGGGAGGCUACCUGCUAUUGGACUAGUCUACCAUCCCUUAACUUUUAAUUCUAUGGUUAAGGAGUUUAAAUCCAUACUUGAGACAAGUUACCCAUCCAGCUGGAGUUAAUAUUAGUUUUCAUUGCAUGAAGCAACUAGGAGUCUUACUACUCCUCCUUCUCUCCCUGGAUAGGAUGCCAGUGUGUUGCAAGGGCCCCCCCCCCCCCAAGCAUUUCAAAAAACUUCCUCAACCCUUUAAACCCUGAGAGUGACCAGUGUCUAAUUUAUCUGUACAGUAAUACUGCUAGAUCAUCAUGAGAAUAAAGGAAAUGAUCGUCAACCAAAGAAGCUUUGAUCUUCAAAUGAAUUCUCCUUGUCAGUACCACAAGAAACAUUAUGGAAAAGAGUAUGGAGAAUAUAGAUACUGAUGUUAGGGUGUAAAGGGUUAAAAAUUUGCCACUACUUAUUUAUACUCCUGGGCGGAGAAAGACACUGUGUGAGUGAAGUGUUUGGAUCAAUAUCAGUAUCUGGGCAAAUGCUUAGGGUUAGUUAGGGUUAAUGUAUGGUUAGGGGAGGGGUAGGUGGGCAGUUGCCCAGAUACUGAUAUUGAUCCAAGUGUGUUUCCCAAGAACAAAACACAUUGACCUGACCAGGUUCAAACCUGGACCUUUCAAAAUGCAGUCCAGUAUACCAGCUAUCAGGCCUCAGCAUUGCACAUCUUGUGUUUUGACUGUUAAUAAAUAUCUCAUACUUUUCUGUUCUGUUCAUAAUUUUAGGCAUUUCCUGUGUUGCUUGGAGACAUUGACACGAACGGUAGCCUUAAUGCUCAAAUGAUCCAUCAGUUUACCAACAGACUCAGAGGAAAAAUGGUGAUACAGGUAAUCAUUUUGAACUUUCUUUCAAUUUUUUAAUAGAUAUUAAAAAGCCAUAACACAAUCGAGCUAAUCUUUAGAGUUGCAGUCGCCAUUAAACUCCACACCUUACAAGGUAGCAAUAGAAUUCCAAAUACCCUCACGAAAUAUUGGCAAAGUUUCAAAAAAGACCCUACUUUUCAGAUCAAGACAGUCGUUAACUGUUUUGUUGUAUUAAAGUAGCUAGUGCUUGGGAAAUAAGUAGCCAGCAAAAAAGGCAGCUAUUGGUGUUUCUAUAGUUAAGACUUUUUCCAUAAGUGGUUGUCUAUGAUGUAAUAGCAACUGUGCCUGGGAAAGGGGCUGUAAGGCGAACCCUAAACAGAGGAGCCUGCUGUAGGCUAAAUUAUAGACUGCGGUUAGAGGUCUUACACAGUUUAGGCAGAGGUAGAUUGACUUUCAACAAAACCCUAGAGAAAACCUCGUGUACUGACCUUCUCAUCUGCUACGUGUAUGUAUGUAUAAGAAAACGGAGAUCAGCAACAAUUUUUUCAGUUGGAGUGGCACUCAGAGUGUAAACAGUCUCAGGUGAACAGUAAUUAAAUCAAAGGGACUUUUUCUUUUUUUUUUUGUGCAGACUCAAAAAUCAGUUUGGGUUCUUGUCCAAAGUGAUGCUGAAUACCGUGGAGAUGACUUCACCGCAAGUCUGACGGCUGGUAAUGUAGAUAUACUCAAUAGUUCUGGCAUCCUUGUGGCUCAUUAUCUUCAACGGAUGGCUCCGCGUGUUGAUGUAGGAGGAGAACUUCUCUACCACUAUGGCUCCGGCCAGGAAGUGGCCAUGAUGUCCUGCGCGGGUCGAUACACAGCAGAUGAUUGGAUCGCCUCCGCGACAGUUGGUCAAACAGGAUGGCAUUUAAGUUACUGGCACAAGGGCAAUGAGAAUGUAAAGGUUGGCGUAGAGUAUGAGUAUAACACAAGGGCCCGCGAUAGUUCGGUCAGCGCAGGGUAUCUAAUUGAUGUACCCAAAGCUAAUUUUACAUUUCGCGGAAUGCUGGAUACAAAUUGGACAGUGGCGGCUGUUAUGGAAAAGAGACUUCCUCCAUUGCCAUUCACGUUUUUGUUGAGUGGUAUGGUAAACCAUACCAAGAAUCAAGCGCGAUUUGGGUUUGGUCUAAAUAUAGGUUGA